AGGACGAGCAGAGCCCCGCGGCUGCUGCCUUAGGGGUUGUCCCGGCUGUGGGGAAGCCAUAGAGGAGUUUAAAGCCGGAAGGUGGUGACUAAUCAGAUUUCACUUGAAAAUGGCCCGGUGUCUGCAGUGAGGUGAACUGAUGGGAAGGGCCCAGGAGUGAACGCCAAUAGGAGAGAGCACCGGACCUGAAAGGCCUGGGUCAACGCGGCCCCGCGCGGGGGCGAGGCGGUUCCGGCGCAGAACCUGGCGCGCGGCUCCGCGGAAAACCGAACCGGCCCACGUGGGCUCGGCCGCUACGCCCCGCCCCGCCGCGCAGACGCCGCCUGACUCCGCAGUCCGGGCCUGGGGCUGGGCGCGCUGCCCGGGAACCCCGCACCCACGCUUGGACCGCGGAGACGCCCAGGCCGAGGAACCCCCAGCCCAGGGACUAGACACCACCAGGGCCGGGCGGAGCCAGAGCCAGACGCGCCGGAGCGGGCGCCUCUAGGCCACCAGAUGUUUGCCAUCCAGCCAGGGCUAGCUGAGGGGGGCCAAUUCCUGGGGGACCCACCUCCUGGAGUAUGUCAGCCUGAGCUCCAACCAGACAACAACUCCAACUUCAUGGCAAGUGCCAAGGAUGCUAAUGAGAAUUGGCAUGGGAUGCCAGGCAGAGUGGAACCUAUCCUGAGGAGGAGCUCCUCUGAGUCGCCCUCUGACAACCAGGCCUUCCAGGCCCCUGGAUCCCCUGAGGAAGGGGUGCGCAGCCCCCCAGAGGGGGCAGAGAUUCCCGGGGCUGAGCCUGAGAAGAUGGGCGGUGCUGGCACAGUCUGCUCCCCUCUGGAGGACAACGGCUAUGCCAGCAGUUCCCUGAGUAUCGACAGCCCUAGCAGCAGUCCUGAGCCUGCCUGUGGGACCCUGCGAGGCCUUGGCCCUCCCGAUCCCCUUCUGCCCUCAGUGGCCCAGGCUGUGCAGCACUUACAAGCCCAGGAGCGCUACAAAGAGCAGGAGAAAGAAAAGCACCACGUGCACUUGGUGAUGUACCGUCGCCUGGCACUGCUCCAGUGGAUCCGGGGCCUGCAGCAUCAGUUGAUUGACCAGCAGUCCCGACUACAGGAGAGCUUCGACACCAUCCUAGACAACCGGAAAGAGCUUAUUCGCUGUCUCCAGCAGAGGGCAGCACCAUCCAGGCCCCAGGACCAGGGCUAAGGGUGUGCCUCCACAAGUGUGCAAGGGUAUAUGUGUAUAUUUGCAGGCAUGUGUGAGGUUGUGCACUAGUAAGUACAUAAUUAUUUGCUGGCAUGAUUGCAGGUAGGCAUGAGUGUGUAUGUGCUAACACGUAGGCUGGUGUGUAUAGGAAUGUGUGAAUAAACAUGUAUAAAUGAGCUUAAGUGUGCUGUGUGCACAUGUGCACACACAAGCUAAUUUAUCUGCAGACCUAUAUGUGAGCAUGUAAGAGUGAACGUGUGUGUGUAGUAUGUAAGAAGAAUGAGGAAAUCUGUAUGUGCGUGUGUAGACAGGUACCCAGCAGUGUGUGUAUAUGCUCAUGAGUGAGGAUGUAUUUGCAAAAGAUGUGUGUGUCUAUGAGUGAGUUUGAGUGUGCAGGCUUGUGUUGGGUGUAUGUGAGGGAGCCCUUGUGUGUGCAGGGGUGCACGUGUGUGGCUGCAGGCAUGGGAGGUGUAUGUUAGCAUGUGUGUUUGCAGGCAGACUCAUGAGCAGGUACGUGCAAAUACAUAUCCAGCUGCACUGUGGGGUAUCCACCCACACCUUGUGUUCCUCAUGGCCUACCGCAGCCCUUCUUCUCCACUGGGUCCCACUGUUCCCUGGAGACAGAGAGCUAGCAUGCUGUCAUUUAUCUGAGGGUUGUGGCUGACCCAUUCUCCUGGGAUUUCCCAGGCCACCUCUCCUUUCCCUCACUUAACCCACACUUGCUCAGCUGAGGCUAUUGUCCCUGAUGUUGGCUUUGCUUGUAGGAGGUUUAGUGGCUGCUCUGGCCUGCCAUGGCAUUUUGGCUGCAAUUUUGUCUGGCAGUGGGUGGAGAACUGAUAUCAGGAAGGGGAACUGGGAGUAGUGAUGGAGAUGAUGGUGGGGGUGGGGACAGAGAAGGACAUAGGGGACUGUCCCUCUUGAACUCUGCCUUUGGGCACAUGGGAGAUGAGGACAGGGGAGAUGGUAAUAGUGGAACCCUGUGAAGAAUAGGAGAACGGGAAUUCUAAAAUACCAGUUCCCAAACAAACCACCUCUCCACUGGGAAAGGAGCUGUUGCAAACCCUGUUGAUUUAAGCUUCUGAUGAAAAGCAAUGUAUGUUAAUAAGCCUGCAAGGAACAGACAAGAUGUUCCAAAGCUGAUGAGGAAAAUAUCGCUUCCCUGUCUCUGCCUCUACCUUGCUGUGCCUCUCUGGCUUUAGAAGCAUUGGAUGUUGAAUUGGUUUGGUUCAUUUCUCUGAAGUCGGACUGUCAGGAGGAGCCAGAGGUUGGCUUUCUGGGAUGGGAAGGGGACAGUGUCAGCCUAAGCCUCUGGAAAUGCUUAGGAUGCUGAAUUUUAACCCCUUCUUUCACUGCAUGGCCCUUCAAACAGGGAUUGGCAGGCUCCGUGAGUUACAGAGUGGGUGAGUCUUGGAAAGAACCAAUGACUAAGGUAGCUGAGCUCUCUGUUUUGUUCCUGGGAGCCAAGAGAGUGCAAGAUCCUGGUGGGUGAGCAGUGGUAUGAAGAGGGGACACUGGUGGGUGAACAGUGGCAUGGAAGUCACUGAUGCAGCCUCUGGCCCUCAGUCUCCCUAUCAGCAAAGUGGGGGGCUCUUCCUGUCUAUCUCUAAAGAGUUUCAUCCCUGACAGGUGGAUGAGUGAAAGAUCCAGGGAGUGGGGGUGAGGGGUGGGCCCUGAAGACUUUUUGUCUGUAGCGCUUGCAUAUUGAGUGUGUAAACCCCGCCUUUGGACCAACGCAAGAUGAAUAAACUGGGGCAGAGAAUUAAA